AUGAUCUCCUGGCAAGAAUGGCAUUUAACUGAUACGGAAGCUUUUCCUAAACUCCGCACUCUUCGCAUUCAUGAUUGUCCCAAAUUAAUUGGAAAUUUACCGCCCCAACUUCCUUCUUUAGAGUUUCUGGAAAUUGAAGAAUGUCCACAACUUGCUUCUUCUAUCCCAAAGUGUCCAAACAUUCGCGAGUUAGUUAUCAUUCGAAGUCAAAAUGUAGUGUUGCAAGAGCAAGAAUUAGCACCUUCCCUACGCAGUCUAGCAGUUUCUGGUGCGCGCAUGUUGGAGCCUCUGUCUGAAAAGUUGCAUAUUCAAGAUUUAUAUGUCGGGGAUUGUUCUAAUAAUGCGGUGCCACUUUCAGUGAUUAUUCAUAUGCCCCGAUUAGUGGAACGGCUAGUUAUAAGAGAUUGUGAAAAUCUCAAGUUUGUUUUGGUUUCAGAGGCACGUCUUCAUCUCCGAAGGAUCUCCAUUUAUAAUUGCAAGUUUCUGACGUCCUUGUUUGAUGACAUGGAACGUCUUCUUCCAACUUUAAAAGAACUAUGCAUAUCAUAUUGCCCAGAAAUGGAGCCAUUUUCAGCAGGGUUGUUACCAUCCAGAUUAAAACGACUUGAGAUAAGAAACUGUGACAAGUUGUUAUCAAGUCAGACAGAAUGGCAUCAUCUUCCAAAUAUCACCGAGCUUCGCAUAUCCACUGAUUCUGACACAUUGCAUUGCACAGGGCUUCAACAUCUAACGUCUCUUCAAGAACUACAAAUUUGGGAUUCUCCCAACCUUGAGAAAUUAGAAGGAGGAACGAUGCCUCCUUCUCUACAAAGGCUCCACAUUUGGGAUUGCGGGCUUCUUAAAGAACGAUGCCGCAACAAGGAUGGGGAAAUUUGGCCCAAAAUCUCCCACGUUCCACACGUCAGUUUACAUGACACGGAUUCAAGGCUGGAUGCAAACACUAAUGAGAUGCAUCGAUAUUCAGAUUCAGUGAAAUGUACAGGGAAUCAAGAGGGAGAUAUUACGAACACCAUGCUUCAACCUUAUUGGGGUUCAGAAAUUUUGAAAGAUGGCGGUUAUACGGGUAGAACAUUUCCAAGUUGGUCAGGAGGUCGCUCGUACAAUCACUUGAUUGAGUUGUACCUGACUAAUUGCGACAACUGUCGGAGAAUUCCUGCCCUUGGCCAACUACCUGCUCUGAGAUCCUUGACUAUUUCAGAUUUACGAAAUGUGGUGACUGUGGGUUCUGAGUUUUUAAAGGGACAUGAUUGUUCUUUACUCGUACCGUUUCCAUCCCUUGAAACUCUUUCCAUUGAAGAUAUGGCUUUCUGGCAAGAAUGGCACUCUAUUGAUAUGGAAGCCUUUCCCAAACUCCGCGCUCUUUUCCUUUAUAAUUGUUACAAAUUAAUUGGAAACUUACCUCCUCAACUUAUUUCUUUGAAGUGUCUGGUAAUUGAAGGAUGUCCACAACUUGCUUCUUCUAUACCAAAGUGUCCAAGUAUUGACGAGUUAGCUAUAAUCAGAAGUCGAAAUGUAGUGUUGCAAGAGCAAGAAUUACCACCUUCCCUACGCCAUCUAACAAUUUCAGGUAAGCGCAUGCUGGAGCAUCUGUCUGAAAAGUUGCAUCUUGAAAAAUUGACCGUGCGGGAUUGUUCUGAUGCGGUGCCGCCUCCAGUGAUUCAUGUGCCCCCAUCAGUGGAACAGCUAUUUAUAGAAGAAUGUGAAAAUCUCAAGUUUGUUUUGGUUUCGGAGGCACCUCUUGUUCAUCUCCAAAGCAUUUCCAUUUGCAAUUGCAAGUGUCUGACGUCCGUGUUUGAUGACAUACAAUGUCUUCUCCCAAAUUUGAAAGAGCUAAGCAUCGAAAAAUGUCCAGAAAUGGAGCUGUUCUCACCGGGGUGCUUACCAUCCAGUUUAAAACAACUUGAGAUAACAGCCUGUGACAAGUUAUUAUCAUGUCAUACGCAAUGGCAUCACCUUCCCGCUAUCACUGAGCUUGUCAUCUGCACUCAAUCUCAGACAUUGCAUUGCACAGGGCUUCAACAUCUAACCUCUCUUCAAGAACUACGAAUUUGGGAUUGUCCCAGGCUUGAGAAAAUAGAAGGAGGAAUGAUGCCUCCUUCCCUGCAAAGGCUCCUCAUUUGGAGGUGCUCGCUUCUCGAAGAACAAUGUCGCAACAAGGAUGAGGAAAUUUGGCCCAUUAUCUCCCACGUUCCACAAAUCCGCUUAAACGGCAUGGAUUUAAUAAGGAGGAGGAAGGCAGAAGUCCAUGUAGAUGGGGCUUUCUCAUACUUACUUCAUUCUGUCGGCUGUGGGAGCCUAGUCAAGUCGAUGAAGGGAGAAAUUGUUGAGUCGUUCAUGCGUAGGGUUGAGGAGGAAGGGGACAGCUCCGUGGCGGAGCUUUGGCUGGGGGUGCCUCAUGGGACUCCGCCGUGCCUGGGAUGA